UCAGGAGGAUCAAGAACCAUGGAGCUCAAAAUAUAUGAGGCCCACAUGAACUCCAACCUGUGGAUGUGCCAGCAAGCACCCAGAUGUGGACGCCAGAUGUACAGCCCCUUGGAGCACUGCUGCCAUGAUGACACCAUCCUGGCCCUCGGCCGGACCCAAUUCUGUGGCCCCAACUGCAAGUUCUGGCCCUGCUUUGAGCUCUGCUGUCCUGAGUCGUUUGGCCCCCAGAAGAGAUUUGUUGUGAGAUUGAAGGUUCUGGGCAUGAAGUCGCGGUGCUCUAACUCUCCCAUCUCUGGAGUCUGUCCCCGGUUAUAAGGAACAACCCAGCCAUCCUCCUGGAAACUUGGAACAUCUGGCUAAAAGUACAUACCUUAAGAUAUAAGGGGAAAUGGGUCAGUGGUAUUGUUUUCAAACGAUAAAAACAUGCCCUAGAGUCCAGUGAGGUUAAAUGUGUUCUUUCUGAAUUUCCUGUCACUACUUGCUGAGAAAUGAUUGCACAGGAACUUCUCUCCGCUCCUAAAGCCCUCCCUGCCCACAGCCAUCAGUGUCUCCUCAGUCAGCCUAAGUAUUCUCUCUUUACUCUGGGCUCAGGGUUCUUCUCUCAUCAAGGGGACAAGGAUGGGGAG